AUGGCACCAACUACUACCCCCCAAAACUUCACCCAGGCAUCUGCAGAGGCUUCCCUGCUCUGGCAACGCCACUUUGAGAAGCUCGAUGCCUCGUCGUUCCCCGUGCUGCCGUCUCAUCUAAAGAGACCUCAUGCCGCCGCCGAAGCCGAAUAUAGCAUCGAUUUCCCGGCGGCGGCGGCGGUUCAGCAGGACCAGGACUCCAUCACCUCCGUGUGCCGGGCCGCCCUCGCCGUGCUUCUCGCCCGCUACACCCAUGCAUCUGAGGUCUUGUUCGGCAUUGCGGUCGAAGGUCCUUCCGGUCCGACCCAGAACGUGUUGCCUACCCGUGUCUUUUGCGACCCUCACCAGAGUGUUUCCUCGCUCCUCCGGGCCGUCUCCUUUCACGACGCCGCCGUCCGCGGGCUCAAGCAUGCCGGCCUGAACCUGGACAGCGUCCGCCACGCCGGAGACUUUGGCGCCGCCGCGUGUGAGUUCCAGACCGUGCUGGCCGUCACCUCCUCCAGCAACAUCCCCACCACCAACACCGCCACCAACAACAACACCUUCAAGUCACCCUCUCUCGACCGCGCCCUCUUCAUUACCUGCCGCUUGGCCAAGGGCUCGGCGUCGAUUCUCGCCAGGUACGACGAGAGCGUUCUCGACGCCCGCCAGGCCGGCCGUUUCCUGCGCCAGCUCGGCCUCCUGAUCAAGCUGUUCCAAACCGCUACCGACGUUGACCACUUACCCCUUGGCGAGCUCGACAUCCUCACGGCCGAGGACCGGACCGAGAUCCAGGGGUGGAACGCGGCGCCGCUGGUGCGCCACGAUGUCUGCCUCCACGACGUCGUCGCCCGCCGCGCCGCCGAGGCCCCGGACAGCCCGGCCGUGUACGCCUGGGACGGCGAGUGGACGCACGCCGAGCUGGACCGCGUCUCGUCUCGCCUCGCGGCCCACAUCCAGUCCCUGAAGCUGGACGCCGGCCACGCCGUGCCCCUCUGCUUCGAGAAGUCCAAGUGGAUGGUCGCCGGCGUGCUCGCCGUGCUCAAGGCCGGCCACGCCUUCGCCCUCGUCGACCCGGCGCACCCGGCCGCCCGUGUCGCCCAGAUAUGCCGACAGACCUCGGCCACUUUUGCCCUCGCGUCCCGGCUCCACGCCGGCACCUUCUCCGGCCUCGUUUCCCGCACCAUCGUGCUCGAGGACGCCCUGCUUGAAUCUCUCCCCGCGGCGACGGCAGCAGCCCCCUUCACGCCAGUCGCGAAGCCUCACGAUCUGGCCUACAUCAUCUUCACCUCCGGCAGCACGGGCGAGCCCAAGGGCGCCAUGCUCGAGCACCGCGCCUUCGCCUCCUGCGCCCUCGAGUUCAGCCCGGGCCUCGACAUCGACAGGGACACGCGCUCGCUGCAGUUCUCCUCGUACGCCUUCGGCUCCAGUCUCGCCGAGACCAUGUGCACCCUCAUGCAGGGAGGCUGCGUCUGCAUCCCCUCGGACCACGACCGCAUGAACGACGUCGCCGGCUUCAUCCGCCGCGCCCGCGUCAACUGGUCGACCCUGACCCCGUCCUUCGUCGCGACCAUCCCGCCCGAGAGCCUCUCCGGGCUCAAGACGCUGCUCUCCGGCGGCGAGUCCUUCUCGGCGUACCAGCGGGACGCCUUCGCCGGCCGCAUCCGCGUCAUCAACGCCUACGGCCAGAGCGAGAGCUCGACCAUGGCCGGCGCCGCGCGCGUGUACGCCGACACCACCGACCUGCAGAACAUCGGCCGCGCCCUGGGUGCCCGGUACUGGGUCACGGACCCGGAUGACCCGGGCCGGCUCGCCCCGAUCGGCGCCGUCGGCGAGCUGCUCAUCGAGAGCGCCGGCAUCGCCCGGGGCUACGUCGUCCCGCCUCCGCCGGAGCAGUCUCCAUUCCUCGACGCCGCGCCGGCGUGGUACCCGGCCGAAUGGCGUCAGACGCAGCGCGCCAACGGAUACCGGUUUUACCGGACCGGAGACCUCGUCUGCUACAGGCCGGACGGCACCGUCGCAUACCUCGGCCGCCGGGACUCGCAGGUCAAGAUCCGCGGCCAGCGCGUGGAGCUCGGGGACGUCGAGAGCCAUCUGCGCAAGGUGCUCCCGGGUCAUCUGACGCCCGUGGCCGAGGCCGUGAAGCGGUCCCGCGAGGCGAGCAGCGCGUCCCUCGUCGCGUUCCUCUUCGGUCCCUUUCAACCGCACGAGGCCAAACACGACGGACAGGAGGCCUUCAUCCUGGACAGUGGCACUUCUCAGCGUCUGAGGGCGCCUCUGCAGAAGGCCCUGCCUGACUACGCCGUCCCCUCGUAUUUCGUCCGCAUGCGGCAGCGUCCGACCAUCGUCACGGGCAAGACGGAUCGGAAGGGUCUCCGUGCCAUCGCCGCCAAGCUCAUCGAGGACCUCAUCCAGAGCGCCAUCUCCUCUCAUUCGGACGGUGCCUCCUCCUCCCCUUCUGUCGAUGACGUUGAGCCAAAGACCGCCGAGGAUCGGCUGCGGCAGAUGUGGUUCCGCAGCUUGCAGCUCCCGGCCUCCUCCAACAGCCAAGGGGCCAACUUCUUCGAACUCGGCGGCGACUCCAUCGUGGCCAUCAAGCUCGUCAACAUGGCCCGGUCCGUCGGCAUCGAGCUGACCGUCACCGAUAUCUUCCAGAACCCGACGCUGAAGGACCUGCUCACGACGAUCCGCCAGGACACGUCCCGGGACGGGUCCGUCAUCACGGCAACGCCGUACACGGGGCCCGUCGAGCUCUCGUACGCCCAGGGCCGCCUCUGGUUCCUGGACCAGCUCAACCAGGGCUCUUCGUGGUACCUCGUCCCCUUUGCGGAGCGUCUCCGCGGCCCCCUCCAGAUCGAGGCUCUCACGGCCGCCUUGCACGCGCUGAAGCAGCGCCACGAGACGCUCCGGACCACCUUUGAGGAGCACGACGGCGUGGGCAUGCAGGUCGUGCACGAGAGCCACGUCCGGGAGCUCCGCGUCAUUGACGUAUCCUCUGUCUCCGAGAGCCAUGAGGAGAUCCUCCGCCAGGAACAGACGACGCCCUUCGACUUGGCCACCGAGCCCGGCUGGCGCGUUGCCCUGCUCAGACUUGGAGACGAGGACCACAUCCUCUCCAUCGUCUUCCACCACAUCAUCUCGGACGGCUGGACCAUCGAUCUCAUGCGUAAGGAACUCGGCAUCUUCUAUUCCGCCGCCCGCCGCAGCGAGGACCCCCUGGCUCAGCUGGCCCCCUUGCCCAUCCAGUAUCGCGACUUCGCCCUCUGGCAGAAGCAGGAGGCGCAGGUGGCCGAGCACCAGAGGCAGCUGGACUACUGGACGACCCAGCUCAAAGACAACUCCCCGGCCGAGCUCUUGUGCGAUAAGCCGCGGCCCGCGAUGCUCUCCGGAGACGCCGGGGAGAUCCACUUUGAAGUGUCCGGCCGUCUUUUCUCCCGUCUGCAAGCCUUCUGCCGCAACCAGCAGGUGACCCCGUUCGCCGUUCUCUUCGCGGCCUUCCGCGCGACGCAUUUUCGGCUCACGGGCGCCGAGGACGCGACGAUCGCGGCACCCGUGGCAGGCCGAAGCCGCUCAGAGAUCGAGAGCCUGCUCGGGUUCUUCGUCAACACGCAGUGCCUCCGGACGGUCGUCGAGGCGGACCAGACGUUCGGCCGGCUGGUGCAGCAGGUGAGGGCGACGUCGACGGCGGCCUGGGAGCACCAGGACGUGCCGUUCGAGCGCAUCGUCUCGGCGUUGCUGCCCGGGUCCCGCGAUCCCUCGAGGAAUCCGCUCGCCCAGCUCGUCUUUGCGCUGCAUUCCCAGCAAGACUUCGGCCGCAUCCGGCUGGAGGAUGUCCAGGGCGAGUCUCUGCCCACCGUGACGACGACGCGCUUCGACCUGGAGUUCCAUCUGUACAGGGAACAGGACCGGUUCAGGGGCCACGUCCCUUUUGCGUCGGACCUGUUCGAGAAGGCCACCAUCAGCGGUGUCGUCGACAUCUUCCUCGAAGUCCUGCGCCGCGGCCUCGACGACCCGGAUACGCGUAUUGCGACACUGCCCCUGGCUGACACGGCGGCCAUGGCAGAGGUUCACCGGAUGGGCCUGCACAACGUCGAGAAGACGGACUAUCCCCGGGACGCCAGUCUUGUGGACCUGUUCCGCGAGCAAGUCGUUGCUCACCCACAGGCUGUGGCUGUCAUGGAAACCUUCUCCAACAAGACGAAACUGACUUACACCGAGCUGGACCAACAGUCUGACCGACUUUCCGGCUGGCUCCGUCAACGCCGUCUCGCCCCCGAGACCCUCGUCGCCGUUCUUUCUCCCCGGUCCAGUCUCACCAUUCUGACAUUCCUCGCCAUUCUCAAGGCCGGUUUGGCGUACCUCCCGCUCGAUGUGAACAUGCCCCUCGCGCGCGUCGAGGCUAUCCUCUCGGCAGUCAAGGGCUCCACGGUCCUGUUCCUGGGCGAAGACACGCCUCGACCGGAGAUCAAGGUUGCAGACGUUGAGAUCGUCUCCAUCACAGACGCCUUAAACGACAACGCCACCACCACCGCGGAUGCCCGCCAUGCAGGCGAUGCCUCGGCCGGCCCCACAGCCACGAGCGUCGCCUACGUCAUGUUCACCUCCGGAUCGACGGGCCAGCCGAAAGGGGUCAUGAUCGAGCACCGCGGCAUCGUCAGGCUCGUGAGGCAGAGCAACGUCAGCACCAAGCUGCCGGAAUCCCCGCGUGUUGCCCACAUGUCCAACACGGCCUUCGACGCCUCGACGUGGGAGAUCUGGUCAGCCCUCCUCCACGGCGGAACCCUCGUGUGUAUCGACUACUUCACGGCGCUGGACAGCAAGGCCCUUGCAGCAUCCUUUACUGAGCACCGCAUCCAGGCCGCCCUGCUGCCCCCGGCCCUGCUCAAGCAGUGUCUGUCCAACGCGCCUGACAUGCUGCGCGGGCUGGCGCUGCUCUUCGUCGGCGGCGACCGGUUCGACGGCAGAGACGCCAUCGAAACCAAGGCCCUCGUGAGGAACGGCGGCGUCUACAACGCGUACGGUCCGACGGAGAACACCGUCAUGGCCACCGUCUACGAAGUCACCGACGAGGACACCUGCUUCGCGAGCGGCGUGCCCGUCGGCCGCGCCGUGAGCAACUCGGGCGCCUACAUCAUGGAUCCCAUCCAGCAGCUCGUGCCCGUCGGCGUCGUGGGCGAGCUGGUCGUGACCGGGGACGGCCUCGCGAGGGGAUACACGGACCCGGCGCUCGACCGGGACCGAUUUAUCCACAUCUCCGUCGCCGGCCGGGAGGUCCGUGCGUAUCGGACCGGCGAUCGGGUCCGGUACCGGCCCACCGACGGCCACAUCGAGUUCGCCGGCCGCAUCGACCAGCAGGUCAAGAUCCGCGGCCACCGAAUCGAGCCGGCCGAGAUCGAGCAGGCGGUCCUCGCCCACGGCGCGGUCCUCGACGCCGCCGCCGUCGUCCGCCGAGCCAAGGACGCCGCCGGCUCCGACGCCACCACCUCGGAAGAGCCCGAGAUCAUCUGCUUCGUCGUGGCGCGGGACGACGACGCCGCCGUCAACCACACGCCGAUCCGCGACGACGAGACGCCGGGCAAGGUAGGCAGUAGAGACGACGAGUUUGCGAGACUAAUGGAGAAGCAGAUCUGGCACCGCCUCCGGGCCGUGCUGCCGCGCUACAUGAUCCCGUCGCGCGUGCUCGUGCUCGAGGGCGGCAUGCCCCUGAACGCCAACGGUAAGGUCGACCGUCGAGAGCUGACGCGCAGGGCGCAGAACAUGGAGAGGAGCAGCAUGGCGUUGGGCGGCGGCGGCGGCGGCGGGGCGAGGGAGUCCCCCGUGGCGCCGCGCAACGAGGUCGAGGCCGCCCUGUGCGAGGAGUUUGCCGAUGUUCUCGGCCUCGAGGUCGGCAUCACGGACAACUUCUUCGACCUGGGCGGACACUCCCUCAUGGCCACGAGGCUGGCCGCGCGCAUCAGUCGCCGCCUCGAGGUCCGCGUGACGGUCAAGGAGAUCUUUGACCAGCCCAUCCUCCUCGAUCUCGCGGCAACCCUCCGCCGGGGAUCGACCCAGCACAGCGCCAUCGUCCCCCGUCCCUACGAGGGCCCCGUCGAGCAGUCGUUCGCCCAGGGCCGCCUCUGGUUUCUCGAGCGUCUGUACCCGGGCCUGACGUGGUAUCUCUCGUCCUUUGCCUCCCGCCUCGUGGGAGACCUGAACGUCGCGGCGCUGCAGACGGCGCUGCUGGCGCUCGAGGAACGGCACGAGGGACUGCGCACGACGUUCCAGCAGAUCGACGGUGUCAACGUGCAGGUCAUCCAGCCCUUCGUGCCCAGGCAGCUGCGCGUCGUCGACAUCCCCGGCGGCUCCGAGGAGCAGCUGAUGCUGGCCCUGAAGAAGGAGAACUCAACCCCGUUCAACUUGGAGGACGAGCCCGGCUGGCGUCCCGCGCUUUUCCGGCUCGGCGAAAAGUCAUACGUCUUGUCCAUCGUCAUGCAUCACAUUAUUUCGGACGGCUGGUCCCUCGAUAUCCUCCAGCGCGAGCUGGCCACCUUCUACGCCGCGAGCCUCCGCAACAAGAACCCGUUAUCCAGGGUGAGCCCCCUGCCCAUCCAGUACCGUGACUUCGCCAUCUGGCAGAAGGAAGACGCCCAAGUGGCCGAGCAGGAGCGUCAACUGGCAUACUGGAAGGGCCAGCUUGAUGGCAGCCAGCCUGCGACUCUGCUGUCUGACAAGCCCAGACCGUCCGUCCCUUCCGGCACGGCGGUCGUCCAUGAAUUUACCGUGGACGGCGACACGUACCGGGACCUCCAGAGAUUCUGCCGGAAGCAGCAGACGACGCCCUUCUCCGUGCUCUUUGCGGCCUUCAGGGCAACGCACUUCCGCCUCACGGGCGUCGAGGACGCCACCAUUGGUACUCCCAUCGCCAACAGGAACCGCCAGGAGCUCGAGGACCUCAUCGGAUUCUUUGUGAACCUGCAGUGCAUCCGAACCUCCCUGGCCGACGACGAGACCUUUGGGACCCUUGUCCGGCAGGUCGUCUCGGCCACGGCGGCGGCCUCGGCGAACCAGGACGUCCCCUUUGACCGGCUGGUUGCCGAGUUGCGGCCCGGGACGCGCGAUGUCUCUCGACACCCCCUGGUCCAGAUGACGCUCGCCGUGCACUACCAGCAGAACCUCGGCAAGCUGCAGCUCGAGGGGCUGAGUUCCGACCCCCUGAACGCGGCCGAGACGUCGCGGUUCGACCUCGAGCUUCACUUCUUCCAGCAGAGGGACCGUCUGCAGGGCGUCAUCAUGUUCGCCAGGGAUCUCUUCGACCCGGUGUCCAUCAAGUCCAUGGAGACCGUCUUCUGCGAGGUGCUCCGGCGCGGACUCGAGGAUCCGUCUGUGCCGAUUGCUUCCAUGCCGUUGACUGACGGUCUCUCGGCGAUCACCGACAACAAGCUCGACCUCGUGGCCCGGACCAAGUAUCCGCGGGACGCCAGCAUCCCGGCCCUGUUCCGCGAGCAAGUUGCCCUCACAGGCGACGCCAUCGCCGUCAAGGACAGCACUUCGCAACUCACCUAUUCCGAGCUCGACCGACAGUCGGACCAGCUGGCCUCCUCGCUGGUCCGUCGAGGCUUCGCCCCCGAGACCAUGAUCGGCGUCCUGGCCCCGAGAUCCUGCGAGGCCAUCGUGGCCCUGAUGGGAAUCCUCAAGGCCGGUCUGGCGUAUCUGCCGCUUGAUGUCAAUGUGCCCCUCGGCCGUUUGGAGAGCAUCCUGUCGUCCAUCGAGUACAAGAAACUCCUGCUACUCGGUGCCGGCGUGCCCGUGCCAGCCACGCAGCUGGACGACGUCGAGUUCCUCACCAUCGCCGAGGCCCGCGACGGUGACGCCAAAACCGCCGUUAAACAGCUCCCAUCACCCACGGCAACCAGCCUGGCGUAUGUCAUGUUCACGUCCGGUUCCACGGGUCGUCCAAAGGGAGUCAUGGUCGAGCAUCGGGGUAUCGUCAGACUGGUCAAGAACACCAACAUCCAAACCCAGGCCCAGUCUGCCGUUCCCGUCGGCCACAUCGCCAACCUCGCCUUCGACGCGGCCACCUGGGAGAUCUAUACCGCCCUCCUCAACGGCGGGUCCCUCAUCUGUAUUGAUCACACAACCGUCCUGGACGUCGCUGCGCUGGGCCGCGUGUUCGAGCAGGAAAAGGUCAAGGCCGUCAUGUUCACGCCUGCGCUGCUCAAACAGUGCCUCGCCGAGUCCCCGUCGACCAUCAAGGGCCUCGAGCUCCUAUUCGCAUCCGGCGACCGCCUCGACGUCCAAGACGCCCUGACGGCGCAGGCGCUGGCCAAGGGCGGCAUCAUCAACGCGCUGGGCCACACGGAGAACACGGUGUACUCGACGGCCUUCCACAUGCGGCCGGCCGAGCUCUGCAUCAACGGCGUGCCCGUCGGACGCGCCAUCAGCAACUCGGGCGCCCUCGUCCUCGACCCCCAGCAGCGUCCCGUGCCGCUCGGCGUCAUGGGCGAGCUCGUGCUGACGGGCGACGGCGUGGCACGCGGCUACACCGACGCGGCCCUGAACAAGGGCCGGUUUUUCGACAUGACGACCGCGGACGGCGAGACCACGCGGGCGUACCGCACCGGAGACCGCGCCAGAUACCGGCCGGUCGACGCCCAGAUGGAGUUCUUCGGCCGCAUGGAUCAGCAGCUCAAGAUCCGCGGGUUCCGAGUCGAGCCGGCCGAGGUCGAGCAGGUCCUGCUCCGCCACCCGGCCGUCCGGGACGCCGCCAUCGUCAUCCGGAAGCAGCCGGAAGACGUCCACAGCGUCGAGAUGGUCGCGUUCCUCGCCGCGAGGGAUGACGAGAUGGCCGAGAUCCCGCAGAACGAGAUUGCCAGCCGCGUCGAGGGCUGGGGCAACCACUUCGAGACGAGCACCUACGUCGACAUGGACCAGGCCAUCGACGCGUCCGUCGUCGGCAACGAUUUCCUCGGCUGGACGUCCAUGUACGACGGGACGGAUAUCGACAAGGGAGAGAUGCAGGAGUGGCUGGACGACACGAUGGACACGAUCCUGGACCACCAACCGGCCGGCCGCGUGCUUGAGAUCGGCACCGGCAGCGGCAUGAUCCUGUUCAACCUCGGCGGCGGCCUCGAGAGCUACGUCGGCCUCGACCCCUCAUCGUCAGCCAUCUCUUUCGUCCAGAGCAAGAUCCAGUCCGUCCCCGCGGUGGCCGGAAAAGCCCAGGUCUACGUCGGCACCGCAACGGACGUGCCCAGCCUCGACGGGCUCCGGGCCGAUCUCGUGGUGACCAACUCCGUGGCUCAGUACUUCCCUUCCAUCGAGUACCUCCUGCAAGUCAUCGACGGUCUUACUCGGAUCCCUGGUGUGAAGCGUCUUGUGUUCGGCGACAUGCGGUCCUGGGCCAUCAACCGCGACUUCCUGGCCUCCCGGGCGCUCCGGGCCCUCGGGCCGGCGGCCACCAGAACCGAGAUCCGGCGCAAGAUCGCCGAGCUCGAGGACCGCGAGGAGGAGUUUCUCGUGGACCCGGCCUUCUUCGCCGGGCUGACGAGCCAGUUCCCCGAUCGAAUCUGGCACGUCGAGGUCCUCCCGAAGCGCAUGAGGGCCACCAACGAGCUCAGCGCGUACCGCUACCAAGCCGUCAUCCACGUGCGAGGAGGGCCAUCGGGCCGUGAACCUCAGCAGGCCGUACACGUCGUCGACCCGGAUUCCUGGCUCGACUUCAAGGUGUCCCAGCUCGACCGCAGCGGCCUGCUCGGCCUGCUGCAGGGGUCCCCCAAUGCGCAGACCAUCGCCGUGGGCAACAUCCCCUACAGCCGCACCAUCGUCGAACGGCUGCUCGUCGAGUCCCUGGACGAGCCCGACGUGCCCGGAUCCCUGGACGGCGCGGCCUGGAUCUCGAGCGUGCGCGAGGCCGCCGCCCAGUCGCCGUGCCUCUCGCCCUUCGACCUCGUCCAGCUGGCCCGGGAGUCCGGGUUCCGCGUCGAGCUCAGCUGCGCGCGGCAGCGCUCGCAGAACGGCGCCGUCGACGCCGUGUUCCACCGCUUCGAGCCGGGUCACGACAACGGCCGCGUGCUGGUGCAGUUCCCGACGGACGAGCUGCCGCAGGCCCGGUCCCUCGGUCUCAUGACCAGCCGGCCGCUGCACCGCCAGCAGAGCCGCCGGGUCGAGGCGCAAGUCCGCGAGUACCUCCAGACGCUGCUGCCGCCGUACAUGAUCCCGAGCCAGAUCUCGGUGCUCGAUCAGCUCCCGGUCAACGCCAACGGAAAGGUUGACCGAGGCCGGCUCGCGCUGCGGGCCCAGACGGUGGUGCCGAGGGCCCGCAAAGCCACGGCCUACGUCGCCCCGCGUACCGAGGUGGAAGGCAUCCUCUGCGAGGAAUUCGCCGACGUCCUCGGCGUGCAAGUCGGCGUGACGGACAACUUCUUCAACCUGGGCGGCCACUCGCUCAUGGCAACGAAGCUGGCGGCCCGUCUGACCCGGAGGCUCGAGGCGCGGGUUUCGGUCAAGGAUAUCUUCGACAGGCCGGUCCUCGCGGACCUCGCCGCCACCGUCCAGCAGGGCUCCAAGAAGCACAACCAGAUCCCCUCGCACCCGUACGCCGGCCCCGUCGAGCAGUCCUUCGGCCAGGGGCGUCUCUGGUUCCUCCACCAACUCGGCCUCGGCGACUCCUCCGGCUACCACAUGCCGAUCGCCGUCCGGAUGGCCGGCCCGCUUAACACGGACGCGCUCCGGGCCGCCCUGGCCGCCCUCGUCCGACGCCACGAGACGCUGCGGACGACGUUCGAAGAGCACGACGGCGUCGGCGUGCAAGUCGUGCAGCCGGCGAGCGACACGAACGGCGACCUCCGUGUCAUCGAGGUGGCCGACGGCCGGUACGAAGACAUCCUCAAGCACCAGCAGGCCAAGCCCUUCGACCUCACGUCGGAACCGGGCUGUCGCGUCGUCCUGCUGCGCCUGGGGCCCGAGGAUCACAUCCUCUCCAUCAUCAUGCACCACAUCAUCUCCGACGGGUGGUCCUUCGACAUCCUCCAGCGCGAGCUGACCCUCUUCUACGCCGCCGCCCUGCGCGGCCAGGAGCCCGCCAUCUCCCCGCUGCCGAUCCAGUACCGCGACUUCGCCGCCUGGGAGAAGCAGGACGCCCAAGUCGCCGAAAACGAGCGGCAGCUGGACUACUGGAAGCGCGAGCUGGCCGGCAGCCAGCCCGCGACGCUGCUGUGCGACAAGCCGAGGCCGGCCACCAUCUCGGGCGACGGCGGCCUCAUCGAGCUGUCCGUCCAAGGUCCCGUGUAUGAAAACCUCGAGAGGUUCUGCCGCACCCACCAGGCCACUUCCUUUGCCGUCCUGCUUGCCGCGUUCCGCGCCACGCAUUACAGGCUGACUGGUGACGAUGAUGCGACUAUCGGCACCCCUAUUGCCAACAGGAGCCGCUCCGAGCUGGAAGACCUCAUCGGUUUCUUCGUGAACACGCAGUGUAUGAGGAUUGCCAUGGAUGAUACCCAGACGUUCGACGGGCUGGUCCGCCAGGUUCGCUCGACAGUCACGUCCGCGUUCGAGAACCAGGACGUUCCCUUUGAGCGCAUUGUGUCCUCCCUGCUGCCCGGGUCCCGGGAUACCUCGCGCAACCCGCUGGUACAGAUCAUCUUCGCCGUCCACUCGCAGAAGGAUGUCGGGAAAAUCCAGCUCGAGGGCCUCACGGGGACGACGUUGCCCUUCACCCCGACGACGAGGUUCGAUUUCGAGUUCCACCUCUUCCAGGAGGAGGGCCGGCUCCGGGGCAACGUAUUCUACUCGACGGACCUCUUCGAGGAGAAGACGGUGCGGACCGUGGUUGAUGUGUUCCAGGAGGUCCUGCGUCGGAGUCUCGAACAGCCGCAGGUCCCUCUGUCUGGCCUGCCUCUGACCGAUGGACUGCCGGCCCUGCGCGAUCUCGGCCUGUUGCAGGCCGCCACGCCCGAAUACCCCCGGGACUCCAGUGUCGUGGAUCUCUUCAUCCAGCAGGCCUCGUCCCACCCCGACUCCGUUGCCGUCAAGGAUGCAUCGUCUCGGCUGACCUACGCUGAACUCCACAAACGGUCGGAUAAGCUUGCGUCCUGGCUGCGCCAGCGUAGGCUCCCCGCCGGCUCCCUCGUCGGGGUGUUGUCCCCUCGAUCUUGCGAGACCAUCGUCGCCCUUUUCGCCAUCCUCAAGGCCGACCUCGCCUAUUUGCCGUUCGACACCAACGUGCCCACCGCCCGCCUCGAGGAUAUCCUGUCCGAGGUGUCUGGCGAGAAGCUCGUGUUGGUCGGGGCCUCGGUGCCCAUGCCGGACCUUGGCGUGCCCGACGUCAAGCUGGUCCGCAUCGUCGACGCGAUGACGGCGUCUCAUCAAGGGCAGCAGAACGGCUUCGUCGCAGCACCCCCGGGCCCGAAGGCCACCAGCCUCGCCUAUGUCAUUUUCACCUCCGGCUCGACCGGCCGCCCCAAGGGUGUGAUGGUCGAGCACCGCGCAAUCGUUCGUCUCGUCAAGAACACAAACAAGCACCUGCAAAUCGGCGCCGGGUCCAGCAUGCCGCACGUCUCGAACCUGGCCUUUGAUGCAGCAACGUGGGAGAUUUACGCGCCGCUGCUCAACGGCGGCACCCUCGUGUGCCUCGACCAGAUGACGGUCCUGAGCCCCCCGCUGCUGCUCGAGGCCUUCCGCGUCAACAAGAUCGCCGUGGUCUUCUUCACGACGGCCCUGAUGCGCCAGCUGCUCGAGGAGAUGCCGUCCAUCAUCGGCAGCCUGGACGUCCUGUUCACCGGCGGCGAGACGAUGCGGCCCCAGGACGCAUUCAAGGCCCGCGGGCUCGUCAGGAAGGCCCUCUGCCACGUCUACGGACCGACAGAGAAUACCGUCUUCAGCACCAUGUAUACGAUGAGGUCCGACGAGGGCUGCGUCAACGGGCUGCCCAUCGGACGCGCCAUCCAUAACUCGGGCGCUUUCGUGAUGGACUCGCGCCAGCAAAUCGUCCCUCUGGGGGUAAUCGGCGAGCUCGUCGUCACGGGAGACGGGCUGGCCCGCGGGUACACGGAUCCGAGCCUCGACCUGAACCGCUUUGUGCAGGUUACCGUCGAGGGCAAGUCCCUGCGCGCGUACCGGACGGGUGACCGGGCGCGCUACAGGCCGGCGGACGGCGAGAUCGAAUUCAUCGGCCGCGUCGACAACCAGAUCAAGAUCCGCGGGUACCGCAUCGAGACGGCCGAGGUGGAGACCGCCAUCGCCGGUUUGUCCGGGGUGCGCGAUUCGGCUGUGGUGGUCCGGACAUUUGAAGACCAGCAGCCGGAAAUGGUCGGCUUCGUCACGGUCCACUCGGAGACCGAGGUGGGUCUUCCGGAGGCCGAAGACGGCGACGGCGGUGAUCCGAACGGCCCCACUAUCGCCGCCGCAACGGAGCGCGACGUCCGGAAGCGUCUCCAAGCCGCCCUGCCGUCCUACAUGGUUCCGUCGCAGAUCAUCGUCGUCGAUCACAUGCCCCUGACGGCGAACGGCAAAGUCGACCGCCGCGAGCUGGUCAGGAGGGCCCAGACGACUCUGCGGACCAGCACGGUCUCGCUCCGCGUUGCGCCCCGUAACGAAGUUGAAGCGACGCUCUGCGAGGAGUAUGCCAAGGUGCUGGGCAUCGAGGUCGGCAUAACCGACAACUUCUUCGACCUGGGCGGCCAUUCGCUGAUGGCGACGAAACUCGCCGCCCGGAUAAGCCGCAGGCUGGAUGCCCGCGUAUCGGUCAAGGACAUAUUCGACCAACCCGUCCUCGUCGACCUUGCGGCCGUUAUACGUCCCGGGUCAACACUCCACAGCCCCAUAACUCCCAUGCCGUACUACGGCCCGGUCGAACAGUCCUUUGCCCAGGGGAGACUUUGGUUCCUCGACAAGCUGAACGCCGGUGCCCUAUGGUAUAUGAUGCCCCUCGCGGCGCGUCUCCGGGGCCCUCUGCGUGUCGACGCCCUGUCCGCCGCGAUCAACGCGCUGCAGGAGCGCCACGAAACCCUGCGCACGACGUUCGUCGAGCAGGACGGCGUCGGCGUGCAAGUGGUGCACCCGCCCCGCGCCGUCGAGCUGAAGGUCGUCGACCUCUCGGCGGCCCGUGACGGCGAACGCAGCUACGUCCAGCCGCUCAAGGACGAGCAGACGACGCCCUUCGACCUGGCCUCCGAACUGGGCUGGCGCGUGACGCUGUAUCGCCUCGGCGAGAACGAUCACGUGCUGUCCAUCGUCAUGCACCACAUCAUCAGCGACGGCUGGUCCGUCGACAUCCUCCGCAAGGAGCUCGGCGCUUUCUAUGCGGCGGCGAUCCGCGGCGAGGACCCGUUGUCCCGCGUGCGGCCCCUUCCCAUCCAGUACCGUGAUUUCGCCGUCUGGCAGCGCAACGACGUCCAGGCCGUCGAUCAGAAGAAGCAGCUCGAGUACUGGACCGAGCAGUUGGCCGACAGCACGCCGGCCGAGUUCCUGUGCGACAAGCCGCGGCCGGCCAUCUUGUCCGGAGAUGCCGGGUUCGUGGAGAUGACGAUCAAGGGAGCCGUUUACGAGAGCCUGCAGUCCUACUGCCGUGCCAACCACUUCACCUCCUUCGCCGUGCUGCUCGCGGCCUUCCGCGCCACCCACUUCAGACUUACCGGUGUUGAAGACGCAACAGUCGGCACGCCCAUCGCCAACCGCAACCGACCCGAACUCGAGGACCUCAUCGGCUUCUUCGUCAACGCCCAGGGGAUGCGCACCGUCAUCCAGGACGACGAGACCUUCAACAGCCUCGUGCGGCAGGUCCGCACGACGGCGGCGGCGGCGUUCGAGAACCAGGACGUCCCCUUCGAGAGCGUCGUGACGGCCCUCGUGCCGCCCAAUGCGCGCGACGCGUCCCGGAACCCGCUCGUGCAGCUCAUGUUCGCGCUGCACUCGCAGCACGACCUCGGCCGGAUCCCGCUCGAGGGGCUGGCCAGCGAGCGCCUCCCGACGCCGGCGACGACCCGGUUCGACCUCGAGUUCCACCUGUUCCAGGAGGAGGGCCGGCUGGGCGGCAGCAUCCUGUACGCGUCGGACCUGUUCGAGCACGCCACGGUGCAGGGCAUCGUCGACAUCUUCCAGGAGGUGCUGCGUCGCGGGCUGGCGCAGCCCGACACCCCGAUCUCGUCGUUGCCGCUCACCGACGGGCUCGACGGCCUGCGGGCCACGGGUCUCGUCGACGUCGAGAAGACCGAGUACCCGCGCGAGUCGAGCAUCGUGGACGUCUUCGCCGAGCAGGUCGCCGCGGCGGGCCCGGACGCCAUCGCCGUCAAGGACUCGACUUCCGCGCAGCUGUCGUACGCGCAGCUGGACCGGCAGUCCGACAUACUGGCGUCCUGGCUGCAGAAGCAGAAGCUCGCCGCAGAAACGCCCGUGGCCGUCUUUGCGCCCCGGUCCUGCGAGACCAUCGUGGCCUUCCUCGGCAUACUCAAGGCCAACCUCGCGUAUCUCCCCCUCGACGUCAACGUCCCGGCCGCACGACUUACCUCUAUUCUUUCUGCCGUCGACGACGGUAAGGUCCUCCUCCUUCUCGGAUCGACCGUUACGAGACCGUCCCUUGAUCUCCCCCACGUCACAAUGGUGCCCAUCAGCGAUACCCUCCGUGACGCCCCCAGCAAGUCCUCCAUCCAGCACCUCCCCAAGCCAACCGCCACCAGUCUGGCCUACAUCAUCUUCACAUCCGGGUCAACGGGCAGGCCCAAGGGCGUGAUGGUCGAACACCGCGGGAUCAUCAGGCUCGUGAAGAACAGCAACGUGGUCGCCAAGCUCCCGCCCGCCGCACGCGUUGCCCACCUCUCCAACGUUGCCUUUGACGCGUCCACGUGGGAGAUCUACUCGGCCCUGCUCAACGGCGGCACCUUGGUCUGCAUCGACUACUUCACGACCCUCGAUCCGGCGGCAUUAAACACCCUCUUCCUCAGGGAGCGGAUCCAGGCCACGAUGCUGCCCCCGGCCCUCCUCAAGCAGUGCCUCAAGCCCAUGGAGGCCACCCUCGGGGCCCUGAGCCUGCUGUUCGCCGCGGGUGACCGCUUCGACGGCCCCGAUGCCGCCGCCGCCUCGCGCGCGUUGGUUUCCGGAAGCGUCUACAACGCGUACGGCCCGACGGAGAACACGAUCCUCAGCACGAUUUAUGAAGUGUCCGGGCAGGACCCCUUCGUCAACGGCGUCCCGAUCGGCAGGGCCGUCAGCAACUCGGGGGCGUACAUCCUCGAUCCCAGCCAGCAGCCCGUCCCCGUGGGCGUGAUGGGCGAGCUCGUUGUCACGGGAGACGGUCUCGCCCGCGGCUACACGGAUGCCGCCCUCAACAAGGACCGGUUCGCCCAGGUGGCCGUCAACGGGCAGGUCGUCCGGGCGUACCGCACGGGCGACCGGGUGCGUUACCGUCCGACGGACGGCCAGAUCGAGUUCUUUGGCCGGAUGGACCAGCAGGUCAAGAUCCGCGGGCACCGCGUCGAACCGGCCGAGGUCGAGCAGGCCCUCCUCACGCACGCCGACGUGCUGGAUGCCGCCGUCGUGCUGCGCCGACAGGAAGGCGAGGAGACGGAGAUGAUCGGGUUCGUGGCGGCGCGCGGCGACCAGAGCCUCGAGACGCAGGAGGCCGGCAACCAGGUCGAGGGCUGGGGCAACCACUUCGAGACGAGCACGUACGCCGACAUCGAGACCAUCGACCAGUCGGUCGUCGGUAACGACUUCAUGGGGUGGACGUCCAUGUACGACGGCAAGGACAUCGACAAGGGCGAGAUGCAGGAGUGGCUCGACGACACCAUGGCGGCGCUCCACGACGGCAGGCCGGCCGGCCGCGUCCUCGAGAUCGGCACGGGCACCGGCAUGAUCCUCUUCAACCUCCGGGGUCUCGAGGGUUACGUCGGCCUCGACCCGUCCAGCUCGGCGGCCGGGUUCGUCAACGGCAAGAUCCGGGCCAUGCCGUCCUUCGCCGGCAAGGCCCGCGUCGCCGUCGGCACAGCUCUCGACGUGGGCAACGGCGGCCUCCUCCUCGACAACAACAACAACAACAACAACAACAACAUGGUCGACGCCGGCCUCGUCGUCACCAACUCGGUCGCCCAAUACUUCCCCUCGGGCGACUACCUGUUCCAGGUCAUCGAGCACCUGACGCGUCUCCGGGGCGUCCGGCGGCUCUUCUUUGGCGAUAUGCGGACCUACGCCACCAACAGGGACUUCCUCGCGGCCAGGGCCUUGCACGAUCUGGGCUCCGGCGCGACGCGGGAUGACGUCCAGCGGAGGAUCGCCGAGCUGGAAGAGCGCGAGGAGGAGCUGCUGGUUGAUCCGGCCUUCUUCACGGGGCUCGUGGCGCGUCUGCCGGACCACGUGUGGCACGUGGAGAUUCUGCCGAAGCGCAUGAGGGCGACCAACGAGCUCAGCGCGUAUAGAUACGCGGCCGUCGUGCAUAUGAAGAACCCGGAGGACGACGAGACUAAGGAGAAGACGCGGCGACAGCCCGUCCACGCCAUCGAGACGGACGCCUGGAUCGACUUUAAAAAGUCCCAGCUCGAUUCUGCCGGGCUUCUCAACCUUCUCAAGUCCAAGUCCAAGUCGUCUUCCUCUACCAUCGUCCCCGUCGCCAACAUCCCCUACAGCAAGACCAUCGUCGAGAGGCUGCUCGUCGAGUCCCUCGAUGAAGACGACGAGACGCAGCGCCUCCUCGACGGCGCCCCCUGGAUCUCCUCCAUCCGUGAUCUUGCACGGAGCUACGCCGCCCUUUCUGGGGCCGAUCUCGCCGACGUUGCCGACCAAGCCGGCUUCCGCGUGGAACUGAGCUGGGCCCGGCAACGAUCCCAGAACGGGGCCAUCGACGCCGUCUUCCACCGCCGUCACCUCAUCGGGGAUGACGACCACAACAACCACAAGAACCACCAACAACAGACCCGCGUGCUCUUCGACUUCCCCACGGAGCACCUCGGCCGUCUGUCGAACCUCCUCGCCAACAGCCCCCUCCAGCGCCACCAGAGCCGCCGUCUCGAGACCCAGGUCCGCGACCACCUCCAGACCAUCCUCCCGCCGUACAUGGUGCCCGUCCAGAUCGUCGUCAUGGACCGCCUGCCCCUCAACGCCAACGGCAAGAUCGACCGCCGCGAGCUCGCGCGCAAGGCCAGGGCGGCGCCGCGGACCAAGGCCCUCCUCGCCGCCACGGAGCGGGUCGAGCCGCGCAACGAGGUCGAGGCCGCGCUGUGCGACGAGUUCUCCGCCGUCCUGGGCGUCGACGUCGGCAUCACCGACAACUUCUUCGACCUCGGGGGGCACUCGCUCAUGGCCACCCGUCUCGCCGCCCGCCUGUCCCGCCGGUUGAACACGCAGAUCUCGGUCAAGGACGUCUUCGACAACGCCCGCAUCGUCGACCUGGCCGCGUCCAUCCGCCAGGGGUCCAGCAGGCACAACGCCAUCCGGGCUCUGCCUUAUACCGGCCCUGUCGAGCAGUCCUUUGCCCAGGGCCGCCUGUGGUUCCUGGACCAGCUGGACCUUGGGGCAUCGUGGUACAUCAUGCCGCUUGCCGUCCGUCUCCGCGGUCCCUUGGACGUCGAGGCGUUGGCCUCGGCCUUUCGUGCGUUGGAGCUCCGGCACGAGACGCUCCGCACCACGUUCGAGGAGCAGGACGGCAUCGGCGUCCAGGUCGUCCACCCGUACGACCCCAAGGAUCCUCUCCGGAUCAUCCAUGUCCAGGACGGCGGGAGCCAUCUCGACGAGGCCCUCCGGAAGGAACAGAGCCUCCCCUUUGAUCUCUCGACCGAGCCCGGCUGGCGGCCGGCCCUCCUCCGCGUCGGUGACGGUGACCAGGACCACGUCCUCUCCAUCGUCAUGCACCACAUCAUCUACGAUGGCUGGUCCCUCGAGAUCCUGCAGCGCGAGCUGGCCUCCUUUUACGCGUCUGCUGCCCGGGGCCAGGACCCCCUCGCCCACGUGCCGACGCUGGCCAUCCAGUACAGGGACUUCGCCGCGUGGCAGAGGCAGGAGGAGCAGAUCGCCGAGCAUGAGCGGCAGCUGUCCUACUGGCGCCAGCAGCUCGAGGGGAGCCAGCCGGCCAGCCUGUUCUGUGAUCGGCCCCGUCCGGCGGCGCUCUCGGGCGACGCCGGCAUCGAGUCCGUCGUCGUCGAGGGCCCGACCUACGAGAACCUCCAGGCCUACUGCCGGGCUCGCCAGGCCACCCCCUUCAUCGUCCUCCUCGCCGCCUUCAGGGCCGCCCACUACAGGUUGACCGGCAUGGAGGACGCAACCGUAGGCACGCCCAUUGCCAACCGCAACCGGUCCGAGCUCGAGGAUCUCGUCGGUUUCUUCGUCAACACGCAGUGCAUGCGCAUCACCAUCGACGAGGCCGACGAGACCUUCGAGUCCCUCGUCCAGCAGGUCCGGGCCACGGUCAACACGUCUUUCGAGAACCAGGACGUCCCCUUUGAGAGGAUCGUCUCGGCCCUGCAGCCCGGGUCGAGGGACACGUCGCGCAACCCGCUGGUGCAGCUCAUGUUCGCCGUGCAUUCGCAGCAGGGGCUCGGAGGCAUACAGCUCGAGGACGUGUCGAGCGAGCGUCUACCCAACGCGACGACUACACGCUUCGACGUGGAGUUCCACCUCUUCCAGGAAAAGGGGCGGCUAACAGGAAGCAUCGUGUAUGCCACUGACCUCUUUGCGCCGGCCUCGAUCCGCGGCGUCGUUUCCGUAUUCCAAGAGGUCCUCCGCCGCACACUGGAUGACCCCAAGGCGGUCCUCUCGUCUCUCCCGCUGACGGAUGGCCUGGCCGAGCUUCACAGCAAGGGACUCCUCUCCAUCCCGAGGUCGCCGUAUCCGAGAGACGCCAGCGUGGCUGACGUGUUCCGCGAACUGGCCCUGAGCCAGCCCGAUGCUCCGGCCGUUGUUGAUGCCUCGUCCACCCUGUCCUACUCGCAGCUGGACCAGCAGUCCGAUACGCUGGCGGCGUGGCUUCUCCGACGACGGGACAUGGCUGACGAGGCGCUGGUCGGCGUGCUGGCGCCGCGGUCCUGCGACACCAUCGUUGCGUUCCUGGGCAUCCUCAAGGCCAACAUGGCCUACCUCCCGCUGGAUAUCAAUGCCCCGGUGGCCCGUCUCAACGCCAUCUUCUCGACCCGUCCGGGACGCAAGCUGCUGCUUCUCGGCAACGAUACCCCCGUGCCCGACUCGUUGGCUGAGGACGUCGAGACGGUGCGUCUCGGCGAGGCCCUCAAGACCUCCCUCGCCAUCCCGCCCACCGCCUCGAAGCCGUCCGCGACGAGCCUCGCGUACGUCAUGUACACCUCCGGGUCGACCGGCACGCCAAAGGGCGUCAUGGUCGAGCACCGCGGCAUCGUGCGUCUCGCCAAGAACACCAAUGCCCUCGCGAGACUGCCCCCGUCGGCCCGCAUGGCCCAUAUGUCCAACAUUGCCUUUGACGCCGCCACCUGGGAGAUCUAUUGCGCCCUGCUGAACGGGGGCACCCUCGUCUGCGUCGACUACUUCACCGCCAUCGACGUCAAGACGCUGCAGGCCCUGUUCGCCUCCCGCCGCGUGGAGGCCGCCGUGUUCCCGCCGGCCCUGCUCAAGCAGUGCCUCGCCCUCGCCCCGGCGACCCUGGCUUCCAUGCAGUUCCUCCUGACCGCCGGCGACCGCUGCGAUCCCCGUGACGCCGCCAGGAUCAAGUCCAUCGUCCCGGGGACCUUUAUCAACGCCUACGGCCCGACGGAGAACACCGUCCUCUCCACCUUCCACGAGGUCACCGACGAGCCCUACGUCAACGGCGUCCCCAUCGGCCGGACCGCGACCAACUCGGGCGCCUACAUCAUGGACGCCCGCCAGCAGCCCGUUCCCAUCGGUGUUGUCGGCGAGCUCGUCGUCCUCGGCGACGGCCUUGCCCGGGGAUACACGGACCCGGCGCUGGAGGUCGGCCGGUUCGUCGAGAUCUCCGUCGACGGCCAGCCUCCGGCCCGGGCCUACCGCACCGGCGACCGCGUCCGAUACCGACCGGACGGUCAGAUCGAGUUCUUCGGCCGCAUGGAUCAGCAGGUCAAGAUUCGCGGCAACCGCGUCGAGCCGGCCGAGGUGGAGCAAGCCAUCCUCCGGCACACGGCCGCCUCCGACGCCGCUGUUGUUCUGCGGAGACGCGACGGCCAGGAUCCCGAGAUCGUCAGCUUCGUCGCCGUCCGGUUCCCCAACGGCAUCAUCGCGCCGCCGGAGAACGCCGAGGCCGAGGCCGCUCAGCAACAGCAGCAGCAGCAGCAGUUCGCCUCCAAGACGGAGAGAACAAUCCACCAGAAGCUACAGAGCGUCUUGCCCUCCUACAUGGUGCCCGCGCAGAUCGUCGUGCUCGACCAGCUGCCCCUGAACGCCAACGGCAAAGUCGACCGGCGUCUCCUCUCGAGCAGAGCCCAGACCAUGGCUGGCUCGGCCUCCUCUUCUGCUGCUGCCGCCGCCGCUUCCACCCGCGUGGCCCCCCGGAACGACGUCGAGGCAGCGCUGUGCGAGGAGUACACCAGCGUGCUCGGCGUCGACGUCGGCGUUCACGAUAGCUUCUUCGACCUCGGAGGGCACUCCUUGCUGGCCACCAAGCUGGUCGCCCGCCUCAGCCGCCGUCUGGACGCCCACGUCUCCGUCAAGUCCGUCUUCGACCACCCGGUCCUCGCCGACCUGGCCGCCACCAUCCGCCGAGGCUCCAAGAAACACACGGCCAUCGAGUCCACCGAGUACCGCGGUCCUGUCGAGCAGUCCUUUGCCCAGGCCCGUCUCUGGUUCAUCGAUCAGCUCGACCUCGGCGCCUCCUACAUGAUGCCCAUCGCCUUCCGCCUGCGAGGGCCCUUAUCUGUACAUGCCCUCCGUCUGGCGCUCCACGCCCUCGCGCAGCGCCACGAGACGCUCCGAACGACCUUUGAGGAGCGCGAGGGCGCUGGCGUACAAGUCAUCCACGACAACAAGAGCCUCGAGGACACCCUCCGAGUCAUCGACGUGCCGGCAUCGUCGUCAGCGUCAGACACGGACGAGGCCUACGCCUACGCCGAGAUCCUCCAAAAGGAACAGUCCACCCCCUUCGACCUCGCCAAGGAGCCCGGCUGGCGCGUCUCCCUGCUGCGUCUGGGCUCCGACGACGACCACAUCCUCUCGAUCGUCAUGCACCACAUCAUCUCCGACGGGUGGUCCAUCGAGGUCCUCCAACGCGAGCUUGUCGCCCUCUACGCCGUUUCCCUCCGCGGCCAGGACCCCCUCGCCCACCUGAGUCCGCUCGCGAUCCAAUACAGGGACUUCACCGUCUGGCAGAAGCAAGAGGCCCAGACGGAGGAGCACGACCGCCAGCUCGAGUACUGGACGAACCACCUCCAGGGCGGACAACCGGCCAAGCUGCUUCUGGACAGGCCCCGGCCCGAGGUCCUGUCCGGCAGCGCGGGAGCUGUUUUCCUGAGCGUCGACGGCGAGGUCUAUGAUGCCCUGCAGACCUUCUGCCAGGCCCACCAGACGACGUCUUUUGCCGUGCUGCUCGCCGCCUUCCGAGUGGCUCACUUCCGUCUCACGGGCGCCGACGAUGCCACAAUCGGCACGCCCAUAGCUAACCGCAACCGGGCCGAGCUUGAGGAUGUGAUCGGCUUCUUUGUCAACACGCAGUGCAUGCGCAUCGUGAUCGACGACGAGGACACGUUCGGCAGCAUCGUCCAGCAGGUCCGGUCGACGGCGGCCGCGGCCUUUGAGAACCAGGACGUGCCCUUCGAGAGGGUCGUUUCCGCCCUGCUACCCGGCACCAGGGACACGUCCCGCAACCCGUUGGUGCAGCUCAUGUUCUCCCUCAACUCGCAGGAGGGCCUCGGCCGGAUCCAGCUCGAGGGCCUCGCGGGCAGCGAGGCGAUGCCGGCGGCCGCCACGACCCGCUUCGACGUCGAGUUCCACCUCUUCCAGGAGGCCGGCCGCCUGGGCGGAACGGUGCUCUACUCGUCCGACCUGUUCGACCGGGAGACCAUCUCCGGCGUCGUCGACGUCUUCCAGCAAGUCCUCCGCGAGGCCCUCGCGCACCCGGAAACGCCCCUGGGCGCGCUGCCGUUCGCCCGCGCCGAGGAACAACUCCGCGACGCCGGCCUGCUGGACAUGGAGGUGACCAACUACCCGCGCGACGCCAGCAUCCCAGACCUCUUCCGCGCCGAGGCCCUCGCGAAGCCGCGCGCCGUCGCCGUCACAGAUUCCUCCUCCCAGCUGACGUACGCCGAGCUGGAUCGCCGCUCCGACGACCUCGCCCGCUGGCUGAGGCGCCGUCGUCUGGACCCGGAGACCCUGGUGGGUGUUCUCGCGCCUCGUUCAUGCGAGACGGUCGUCGCCUUCCUCGGCAUCCUCAAGGCCAACCUCGCAUACCUCCCGCUCGACGUCAACGUGCCCUCCGCGCGCGUCGAGAUGAUCCUCUCCUUCGUCCCCGGCCGAAAGCUCGUCCUGGUCGGACCGGACGUCUCUACCGAUACCACCUUGUCGGACGUCGAGUUUGUGCGUAUCGGCGCCGCUCUCAACGAGGUUGCCGGCUCCAACGGCUCGGCCAAGGAACCCGCAACGUCUUCCCCUCAGCCGGGCGCCAGCAGCCUCGCCUGCGUCAUCUUCACCUCCGGGUCAACCGGAAAGCCAAAGGGCGUCAUGAUCGAGCACCGCGGCAUCGUCCGUCUCGUCAAGGAAACCAACACGCACCCGCCGACGGAGACGAAUCCCUCCGCGACGGCCACCGUCUCCCAUGUGUCCAACUUGGCCUUCGACGCCGCCACAUGGGAAAUCUACGCGCCCCUUCUCAACGGCGGCACCUUGGUCUGCAUCGACCGCAUGACGGUCCUCAACUCCUCCGAGCUUGCCCGUGUGCUGUCCAGCCAGCGCGUCACCACCGCCUUCUUCACCACGGCGCUCCUGAAGCAGGUCCUCGAGGAGGCCCCCUCCAUCAUCAGCGAUCUGGACUAUGUGUUCGCCGGCAGCGAGUGGAUGAGGCCACAGGACGCCCAAAAGGCCGCCCGUCUCGUACGCCGCUCGUUCCGCCACAUGUACGGCCCGACCGAGAACACCACCUACAGCACCGUGUUCCAGAUGCCGACGGCGGCGGCGGCCUCGGAGAAGGACGACGAGCAGCGGGAGCACUGCGCCAACGGCGUCCCCAUCGGCCGCGCCGUCAGCAACUCGGGCGCCUACAUCACCGACACCAAACAACGCCUCGUGCCUUUCGGCGUCAUGGGCGAGCUCGUCGUCACGGGCGACGGUCUCGCGCGCGGAUACACGGACCCGGCGCUCGACCGGGGCCGUUUUAUCCACAUCUCCGUCGCCGGCCGGAAGGUCCGUGCGUACCGGACCGGAGACCGGGCCCGCUUCCGGCCGGAUGGUCAGAUCGAGUUCCACGGCCGCAUGGACCAGCAGGUCAAGGUGCGCGGUCACCGGAUCGAGCCGGCCGAGAUCGAGCAGGCGAUGCUUUCCUAUGCCGGCGUCGGCGAUUCCAUCGUUGUCGUCGCGCGGCCGGACGACGCCGGGGACGCCGAGCUCGUCGGCUUCUUCACGGCGCAGUACACCAACGGCGUCGUCGUCGAGAAGGACGGCCCCUCGGCGGAGGAGCUGUUCUCCGCAAAGAUCGAAAAGGCGCUCCGACAACACCUCCAGAAGCUCCUCCCGUCGUACAUGGUGCCCUCGCGCCUCGCGCGUCUCGCCCAGCUACCCCUCACCCCCAACGGCAAGGUCGACCGCCGCGAGCUGGCCCGGCAGGGUCAGACGCUUAUACUUGAAGGCAAGUCGGCCUCCGCCGACGACGUCUCGGAGAUCGUCGCGCCGCGCAACAAGAUGGAGAGCGUCCUCUGCGACGAAUUCGCCGCCGUCCUCGGCGUCAAGGCCGUCGGCGUCACCAGCAGCUUCUUCGACCUCGGCGGGCAUUCGCUGAUGGCCACCAAGCUCGCCGCCCGCCUCAGCCGGCGCAUUCACGCCCGCGUGUCCGUCAAAGACAUCUUCAACCACCCCGUGUUGGCCGACCUCGCCAGCACGAUCCAGCAGGGGUCGACGCAGUACAGCCCCAUUGUCGCCGCCCCCUACGCCGGGCCCGUGGAGCAGUCCUUUGCCCAGGGCCGUCUGUGGUUCCUCGAGCAGAUGGAGCUUGCUGCAUCGUGGUACGUCGUCCCACUAGCCGUGCGGUUGCGAGGACGUCUCGAUGUCACGGCGCUCGGCGUUGCGCUACAGGCGUUGGAGCAUCGUCACGAGACGUUGCGGACGACGUUCGAGGACCGAGACGGCGUCGGCAUACAGAUCGUCCAGCCGGUUCGGAACAAGGCACUCAGGGUUAUUGAUGUUUCUUCAUCUUCGUCUUCUUCCUCCUACAACGACAACAACGACGACGAGAAGAACAACGCCACCUACAUCGAUACCCUCCGCCACGAGCAGACAACCCCCUUCAACCUGUCCGCCGAGCCCGGCUGGCGCGUCGCCCUCUUGCGUCUGGGCAGCCAAGAUCACGUCCUCUCCAUCGUCAUGCACCACAUCGUUUCCGACGGUUGGUCCGUCGACAUCCUGCGCAAGGAGCUGGGCCAGUUCUACACCAUGGCCGUCAACGGAUCCGAUCCGCUGACCCAGGUCGCCCCCUUGCCCGUGCAAUACCGCAACUUUGCGACCUGGCAAAAGGAGCAGGCCCAAGUCGACGAGCACGAACGCCAGCUCGCCUACUGGAAGGACCAGCUGCACGGCAGCCAGCCGGCCAAUCUGCUCUGUGACAAGCCUCGCCCGGAGGUGCUCUCGGGUGCCGCCGGCGUCGUCCAGCUGCACAUCAAGGGCGAGCUGUUCACGGCCCUCGAGUCCUUUUGCCGCAGCCACUACACGACCCCCUUCGUCGUGCUUCUCGCCGCCUUCCGCACUGCCCAUUAUAGGCUGACCGGCACCGAGGACGCGACGAUCGGGACCCCGAUCGCCAACCGCAACCGCCCCGAACUGGAAGACUUGAUCGGCUUCUUCGUCAACACGCAGUGCAUGAGGAUCCCCGUGGACGCCGAGACGGAAACCUUUGACGGGCUCGUGCGAAAGGUCCGGUCGACGACGACAGCCGCGUUCGAGAACCAGGACGUGCCGUUCGAACGCAUCGUUUCCGCCUUGCUGCCCGGCUCCCGAGACACAUCGCGGAACCCCCUCGUCCAACUCCUCUUCGCCCUUCACUCGCAGCAGGAUCUGGGCCAGGUCCAGCUCGACGGUCUCGUGGGCGAAUCGGUGCCGAUGGCGCCCACGACCCGCUUCGAUCUCGAAUUCCACCUGUUCCCCGAGGACGGCGGUCUCGGCGGCUCGGUGCUCUUCGCCGAGGAGCUUUUUACUUCGCAGACGGUCCAGAGCAUCGUCGACGUCUUCCACGAGGUCCUCCGCCGCGGCCUCGAGCAGCCCGACGCCGUCCUCUCGGGGCUGCGCCUGACCGACGGGCUCGCGGCCCUCGGCGACCUGGGCCUGCUCGAACCUACCAAGACGGACUGGGACUACCGCCGCGACGCCAGUGUCGUGGACUUGUUUUCCGAGCAAGUCGCCACGCGUUCCGGCGCGGUGGCCGUGACGGAUUCGUCCUCGAGGCUGACGUAUGCCGAACUCGAUGAACAGUCCGACAGAGUGGCGUCCUGGUUACGCCGCCGCCGGUUGGCCCCCGAGACGUUGAUCGGCGUGCUGGCGCCGCGAUCGUGUCAAACCAUCGUGGCCUUCAUCGGCAUCCUCAAGGCCAACCUGGCCUACUUGCCCCUCGAUGUCAACGUCCCAGCCGCCAGGAACGAAACCAUUCUCUCGACCGUUCCUGGGCGCAAGCUGGUCCUCCUCGGUUCCGAUGGUGCGGCCGCCCCCGAGCGCCCAUUCGCCGACGUCGAGCUCGUCCCACUCGCCGACGUCCUGGCCGCGAACAUCGUGGACCGCGACGAUGCCAGAGUCGAUGCUCCCCCUCGUCCUCACGCAAAGAGCCUGGCGUAUGUCAUGUUCACGUCCGGCUCAACCGGCCUCCCCAAGGGUGUCAUGAUCGAGCAACGCGGAAUCAACAGGCUGGUGAGGCAGAGCAGCAAGAUGUACAAGAUGCCCCAGCACCCGCGCGUGGCUCACCUCUCCAACACGGCAUUCGACAAUUCCACCUGGGAAAUCUACAUGGCCCUCCUGAACGGCGGCACGGUCGUCUGCAUCGACUACUACACCACCAUCGACAGCAAGGCCCUCGAGUCCGUCUUCACGCGCGAAGGCGUGCAGGCCACGAUGAUGCUCCCUUCCCUGCUGAAGCAGUGCCUUGCCCACGCCCCCGGUGCGGUUGCCGCUCUGGAUAUCAUCCUGGCCGCCGGCGACCGCUUCGACGGCCGCGACGCCGUCGAGGCCCAGGGCCUGGCCCGGAUCAACGUCUACAACGCCUACGGACCGACCGAGAACACGGUCACCAGUACCGUCUAUGCCGUCCGGGGCGACGAGGGCUUCGCCAACGGCGUGCCCAUCGGCCGGGCCAUCAACAACACCGGGGCCUAUAUCGUCGAUGCCCGCCAGCAGCUCGUGUCCAUGGGCGUCAUGGGAGAGCUGGUUGUCACGGGAGACGGUCUCGCACGCGGGUACACGGAUCCCAGUCUCGAUACGGACCGCUUCGUCCACAUCCGUAUCCCCGGCUACGACGAGCCGAUCCGGGCGUACCGCACCGGUGAUCGGGCCCGGUUCCGCCCCGGAGACGGUCAGAUCGAGUUCUUUGGCCGCAUCGACCAGCAGAUCAAGGUACGCGGUCACCGCAUCGAGCCGGCCGAGAUCGAACAGGCCAUGCUGGGCCACCCGGCCGUUCUCGAUGCCGCCGUGGUCCUCCGCAAGAUCAAAGGGGAGGAGGCCGAUGUCGUCGGCUUCGUCGUCGCCCAGGGUGUCUCGGCCGCCGACUCGGACGCCGCCGCCAAGACGGAGAAGACGAUCCUGCAGCGCCUUCAGACUCUGCUGCCGCCGUACAUGGUCCCUGUCCAGAUCGUCGUCCUCGAUCAGAUGCCCCUGAACGCCAACGGCAAAACCGAUCGCCGCGAGCUCACGCGCGUAUCCCAAACGGCGUCCAGGAGCAGCAGCAAGGAGGCCUCCACCCGCGUGCCGCCGCGCAACGACACCGAGGCGGCCCUGGUGGACGAGUUCUCGAGCGUGCUGAACGCCGAGGUCGGCAUCACCGACAGCUUCUUCGACCUGGGCGGCCACUCUCUGAUGGCGACCAAGCUUGCAGCCCGUCUCAGCAAGCGCUUCAACACGCGGGUGUCGGUCAAGAACAUCUUCGACCAGCCGCUCAUCGUCGACCUCGCCGCCAAGAUCCUCCAGCAGCAGGACUCGGCCCAGCACAAGCCCAUCGAGACGAGCGAGUACUCGGGCCCCGUCGAGCAGUCCUUCGCCCAGGGCCGUCUCUGGUUCCUCGAGCAGCUCGACAUUCGGGGCACCGGAUACCUCGUGCCUCUGGCCGUGCGACUUCGCGGCCCCCUGCGCAUCGAAGCCCUCGAAGCCGCCCUUUACGUCCUCGAGCAGCGUCACGAGACCCUUCGGACCACAUUCGAGGGUCACGACGGCGUGGGCGUGCAAGUCGUCCGGCCCAGCCAGAACAGGCCGCUCAAGCUCGUCGACGUGCCGGCCGGCGAGGAUUUCAAGGAGCUGCUUCAGCUGGACCAACAGAAGCCUUUCGACCUCUCCUCCGAGCCGGGCUGGCGCGUCACGCUCUUCCGGUUGGGCUCCGGUGGCCGGGACCACGUCUUGUCGGUCGUGAUGCACCACAUCAUAUCCGACGGCUGGUCCCUCGAUGUCCUCCAGCGCGAGCUGGCCACCCUCUACUCUGCCGCACUCGAGGGCAGAGAAUCGUCGUCUCUGCUGCAUGUCCUCCCGCCUCUCCCCAUCCAAUACCGUGAUUUCUCAGUCUGGCAGAAACAACCGGCCCAGAUGGCCGAGCAGGACAGACAACUCGCCUACUGGAAAGACCAACUCGACGGCAGCCACCCGGCCAGCCUCCUGUGCGAUAAGGUGCGCCCCGAGAAGCUAUCCGGAGAUGCGGGUCUCGUGCAGUUCAAGAUCCAGGGGCCUGUAUACGACAGGUUGCUGCAGUUCUGCAAGACGAACCAGACGACCAUGUUCACGGCCCUCUUUGCGGCAUUCCGCGCCACCCACUACCGUCUGACUGGCGUUGAGGACGCAACAAUCGGCACGCCCAUCGCCAACCGCAACAGGCCGGAGCUGGAAGAGAUGAUCGGCUUCUUCGUCAACUCGCAGUGCCUCCGGACGACCGUCUCGGACAAGGCCACCUUCGCCGACCUGGUCAGCCAGGUCCGGACAACCGUGACCGCCGCCGCCGAACACCAGGACGUGCCCUUUGAACGCAUCGUGUCGACCCUCCUCCCCGGGUCCAGAGACACGUCCCGGAACCCGCUGGUGCAGCUCAUGUUCACCUUCCACGCGCAGCAGGACCUCGGAAAGCUGAGCCUGCAGGGGCUCGACGGCGAGCCGCUGUCCAUGGAGCCCAACACGCGAUUCGACAUGGAGUUCUACCUCGCGCAGCAGGACGGCUGCCUCGGCGCCAACGUCCUCUUCUCCACGGACCUCUUCGAGCCCGAUACCGUCCGCGGCAUCGUCCGUCUCUUCGAGGAGGUCUUGUCCCAGGGUCUCCAGCAGCCGGACACGCCCAUCGCCGGUCUUCCCCUGCCCUACGGCAUCGCCGAGCUCCGGGAGAUGGGCCUGCUCGAGAUGCAGACCACGGACUACCCGCGCGACGCGAGCGUCAUUGACGUCUUCGCCGAGCAGGUCGCCGCCCACCCGGACACGACGGCCGUCACCGACGCCUCGUCGAGCCUCACGUAUCGCGAGCUGGACAGGGAGUCGAGCCGCAUCGCCGCCUACCUCCAACGCUACCACCGCCAGAUGGCGCCCGAGAGCCUCGUCGGCGUGCUGGCGCAGCGCUCGUGCCUGACGACGGCCGCCUUCCUCGGCAUCCUCAAAGCCAACCUCGCCUACCUGCCCCUCGAUGUCAACGCCCCCGCGGCCCGCAUCGGUGCCAUUCUAUCGGCGGUCCCGGGCCACAAGCUCGUCCUUGUUGGCGCCGGAGUCCCUACUCUUCCAGCCGAGUCUCGGGAUGUCGAGCAGGUUCAGAUCAGUGAUGCCCUACGACUUGGAGCAGCCGUCAACCCUCGUGACUUGCAUCCUCGUCCCGCGGCCACGGCGUCGAGUCUGGCCCACGUCAUCUUCACGUCCGGGUCAACUGGUAAACCAAAGGGCGUCAUGGUCGAGCACCGCAGUAUUAUACGGCUCGUCAAGUCCACCAACUUCAUGACGCAGUCUCAGACCGCCCAGCCCGUCGCUCAUAUCUCAAACCUGGCCUUCGAUGCCGCCACCUGGGAGCUUUUCACGGCGCUUCUGAACGGAGGCACCGUUGUGUGUAUCGACCAUAUGACCGUGUUGGACCAGAGCGCCCUCGGCCAGGCCCUCAGGGCCAACGGUGUGACAGCCGCCCUUUUCACCACUGCCCUUCUCAAUCAGUUCCUCAACGAGAUGCCUUCUGUUAUUGCCGGGCUCGAUCUGCUCAUCUCCGGAGGCGAGGCCAUGCGACCCAAGGAUGCCUCCCGGGCCUGUCAGCUGGUCAAGCAGGCCCUAUACAACGCGUACGGGCCCACGGAAAACACAACUAUCAGCACCGCCUAUCGCAUAGACGCAGACGAGAGCUUCGUCAACGGCGUGCCCAUCGGGGGGGCCAUCAGCAACUCCGGAUCCUACAUCAUGGACGCGCAUCAGCAACUGACGCCGAUCGGCACCAUGGGCGAGUUGGUUGUGACCGGCGACGGCCUCGCCCGCGGCUAUACCGAUUCCACAUUGAACGCGGACCGAUUCGUCGAGGUCGAUAUUGCCGGCCGCUCCGUCCGGGCGUACCGGACCGGCGAUCGGGCCCGGAUCCGGCCCAGAGACGGACAAAUCGAGUUCUUUGGCCGGAUGGACCAGCAAGUCAAGAUCCGAGGUCACCGGAUCGAGCCGGUUGAGAUCGAGCAGGCCAUGCUCAGCAUCGACAUCGUUGUCGACGCCGCUGUCGUCUUCCGGAAGCAGGACGGCCAGGACUCGGAUAUUGUGGGGUUCGCCGCCGCUACUACCGCCGAAGCCGGCGCCGUGGACCCACAAAACUCCGCGGCGGACGCGGAACGGGAGAUCCGGCAGCGUCUGCAGACCCUGCUGCCCCCGUACAUGGUCCCCGCGCAGAUCAUCGUGCUGGAACAGCUGCCGCUCAACGCCAACAAGAAGGUCGACCGCCGCGAGCUCGCCCAGCGGGCCCUCGCCGCGCCCAGGAGCCGUGCUUCCGCCGCGCGCGUCGCCCCGCGCAACGACGUCGAGGCCGCGCUCUGCGAGGAGUUCUCCGACGUCAUCGGCGGCGGCGUGGAGGUCGGCGUCACCGACAACUUCUUCGACCUCGGCGGCCACUCCCUCAUGGCCACGAAGCUGGCAGCCCGCAUCAGCCGCCGCUUGGACGCCCGCAUCUCCGUCAAGGAUGUCUUUGAUCAGCCCGUCCUCGCCGAUCUCGCAGCCAUCAUUGUCAGCGGAUCCGCGCUCCACGACGCGAUCACGUCAACACCCUAUGCCGGGCCCGUGGAGCAGUCGUUCGCGCAAGGACGCCUCUGGUUCCUGGACAAGUUCAACAUCGGCGGCGCCUGGUACAUGAUGCCCCUCGCCGUACGCAUGCGAGGGCCGCUCAACAUCGACGCCCUGACGACGGCGCUGCGCACCGUCGAACAACGACACGAGACGCUCCGCACAACCUUUGAAGAGCACGAGGGCGUAGGCGUGCAGAUCGUCAACGACACUUCCUCCGGUCCCCUGAGAGUCAUCGACGUCUCGGACGAGGACACGGACGGCGGUCCCAUCCCCCUCCUGCAGCAGGAGCAGCACGUCCCCUUCAACCUGGCAUCCGAACCGGGCUGGAGGGUCUCUGUCUUCCGCCUCGGCCCGGAGGACCAUAUCCUCAGCAUCGUCAUGCACCACAUCAUCUCAGAUGGUUGGUCCGUCGACAUCCUGCGCCGCGAGCUCGCCGCCUUUUACGCCGCGGCGCUGCGAGGCCACGAUCCCCUCGACGAGGUGGCCCCGCUCCCCAUCCAGUACCGCGACUUCGCCGUCUGGCAAAAGACGCAGGCCGCCGAGCACCAGCGACAACUGGAGUACUGGACCGAGCAGCUGGCCGACAGCUCCCCCGCGGAGCUCCUCUGCGACAAACCGCGCCCUCCCGUGCUGUCCGGCGAGGCCGGCGCCAUCCAAGUCAAGAUCGAAGGGCCCCUAUACGACAGACUGCAAGACUACUGUCGAACGCGCCAGGUCACGCCCUUUGCCGUCCUUUUGUCCGCGUUCCGCGCCGCCCAUUACCGUCUGACGGGCGCCGAGGACGCCACCAUCGGAACCCCCAUGGCCAACCGCAACCGGCCCGAACUCGAGGAGCUCAUCGGCUUCUUCGUCAACACGCAGUGCAUGAGGAUCGUCGUCGAAGACGAGUCCUUCGACGGCCUCGUCCAGCAAGUGAGGGCCACGGCCGCGGCCGCCUUUGAGAACCAAGACGUCCCCUUCGAGAGGGUCGUCUCGGCCCUCCUCCCGGGCUCGCGAGACACGUCGAGGAACCCGCUGGCCCAGCUCAUGUUCGCCGUCCAUUCCCAACAGGACCUGGGCCGCAUCAAACUCCAAGGCCUCGCCAGCGAACCCCUUCCGACGACCGUCACCACCCGCUUCGACCUCGAGUUCCAUCUCUUCCAGGAGGAAGGGUUCCUCGGCGGCAACGUGCUGUAUGCCGCCGACCUCUUCGACCCGGCCACCGUCCGCGGCGUGGUCGACGUCUUCGAGGAGGUCCUCCAGCGCGGCCUCGCCCAGCCCGACAUGUCCAUCGCCAACUUGCCCCUCACGAACGGGCUGUCGGCCCUGCGGUCCAUGGGCCUCCUCGACGUCAAGAGGCCCAACUACCCCCGCGAUUCCAGCAUCGUCGACGUCUUCCUCCAGCAGGUCAUCGCCCAUCCCGAGCGCAUCGCCGUCAAGGACGCCUCCACGUCCCUCACAUACGGCCAACUCGAUGAGAAGUCGGACCGCCUGGCCGCCUGGCUCCGCAAGAAGCACAUGUCGACCGAGACCAUCGUCGGCGUGCUCGCCCCGCGCUCGUGUCAGACGACCGUCGCCUUCAUGGCCGUCCUGAAGUCGAGCCUCGCAUACCUCCCGCUCGACGUCAACGUGCCGGCCGCCCGGCUCGAGUCCAUCCUCUCGGCCGUGCCGGGACUUACACUGGUGCUCCUCGGCGCCGACGUCGCGACGCCCAACGUCCGUCUUCCGGCCAUCAACUUCGUUCCCAUCUCCGAGGCCCUCGCCGCGUUCCGCCCCGCCUCAUCCGAGGCCCCCGCGAGAGUCUCCCUCCCGUCCCCGACAAACCUCGCGUACGUCAUCUUCACCUCGGGCUCGACCGGCAAACCCAAGGGCGUCAUGGUCGAGCAUCGCGGCAUCGUCCGCCUCGUCAAGAAGAGCAACAUCGUCCGCGAACUGCCGGACGCGACGACCAUCUCCCACGUGUCCAACGUCGCGUUCGACGCCUCGGCCUGGGAGAUGUACACCGCCUUGCUCAACGGCGCGACGCUUGUCUGCAUCGACUACUUCACUACCCUCGACAGCAGAGCCCUCGAGGCCGUGUUCGCGCGUGAGCACAUCCGCGUGGCCAUGCUCUCGCCCGCGCUCCUCAAGCAGUGCAUCGCCAACAUCCCCGACACGCUGGCCGCCCUCGAGAUCCUCUACGUCGGCGGCGACCGCCUGAACCCGUCGGACGCGAGGGACGCCCAGGCCCUCGUGAAGACGGGCGUCUACAAUGCCUACGGUCCCACAGAGAACAGCGUGGCCAGUACCAUCUACAAGGUCCAACCGGGCGACGCCUUCGAGCACGGCGUGCCCAUCGGUCAGGCCGUGAGCAGCUCGGGGGCGUACAUCAUGGACUCCCGGCAACAGCUGGUUUCCAUCGGCGUCAUGGGCGAGUUGGUCGUCACCGGCGAUGGACUCGCCCGCGGGUACACCGACCCGUCCCUCGAUGUCAACCGCUUCCUGCACGUCACCAUCGAGGGCCAGCUCGUGCGGGCCUACCGGACGGGUGACCGGGCCCGAUACAGGCCGUCGGACGGGCAGAUCGAGUUCUUCGGGCGCAUCGACCAGCAGACCAAGAUCCGCGGCCACCGUAUCGAGCCGGCCGAGGUGGAGCUCGCGAUGCUCCGGCACCCGGUCGUCCGGGACGCAGCCGUCGUCAUCCGAGGCAACGGCCCGGACCAGGAGAUGGUCGGCUUCGUCACCGUCGGCGCCGACGAGUCCGUCCAGGACGAGACCAGCAAGCAGGUUGAGGGCUGGGGCACGCACUUCGAGAUCGGCACGUACGCGGAUCUCGAGGCCAACAUCGACCGCUCCGUCAUCGGCAACGACUUCCUGGGCUGGACCUCCAUGUACGACGGCACGCUGAUCGAGACGGCCGAGAUGCAGGAGUGGCUCGACGAGGGCAUGGUCGCCAUGCUCGACGGACAGCCGGCCGGCCGCGUGCUCGAAAUCGGAACGGGUACCGGCAUGAUCCUCUUCAACCUGGGCCCGGGGCUCGAGUCCUACAUCGGUCUCGAGCCGUCCGCCUCGGCCGCCACCUUUGUGAACGACAGCAUCAAGACCGUCCCGUCGCUCGCGGGGAAGGCCGAGGUCCUCGUCGGCACCGCGACAGACGUGGGCCAGCUACGACAGGUCACGCAGUCCCGUACGGACAUGGUGGUCACCAACUCGGUGGCCCAGUACUUCCCGUCGGCCGACUACCUCCUCGACGUGAUCCGGACCCUCGUCCGGCUGCCGGGCGUCAAGCGUCUCUUCUUCGGCGACAUGCGCACCUACGCCAUCAACAAGUGCUUCCUGGCCGGCCGCGCCCUGCAGUCUCUGAGCGAGACCUCCUCCGUCAGCAAGGACGGCGUGCGCCAGAAGAUCACGGAGCUCGAGGAGAACGAGGAGGAGCUGCUGGUCGACCCGGCCUUCUUCACGGCCCUUCUCGACAAGCUGCCCGAGCACGUCUGGCACGUCGAAAUCCUUCCCAAGAGGAUGAAGGCCACCAACGAGCUCAGCAGGUACCGGUACUCCGCCGUUAUUCACGUCCGAGGCGAGGAGGAGCCUACGCAGAUCGUUCACGAGGUCGAACCGGAAUCUUGGAUCGACUUCCAGGCAUCGUCUAUGGACCGUAACCGACUUCUAUCACUACUGAAAUCAUCCUCUACCUCUACCUCUAACAACAACAUCAACAAGACCACCACCACCACCACCACCGUCGCCAUUGGAAACGUCCCCUACAGCAAAACCAUGUUCGAGCGACUCCUCGUCGGAUCCCUGGACGAAGACGACGAGUCCCAGCACAGCGUCGACGGUCCGGCCUGGGUCUCCAAGGUGGCCGCCGCCGCCGACGAGAUCACGGCCCUCUCGGCCCUGGACCUCGCCCAGAUCGCCGAGGAGGCCGGCUUCCGCGUCGAGCUCAGCUGGGCCCGGCAGCGGUCCCAGAACGGCGGCAUCGACGCCGUCUUCCACCGGUUCCGCUCCGACAACGACUCGCGCGUCCUCGUCCGGUUCCCCACCGAGCACCAGGGCCGCCCGGCCAACCUCCUCACGAACCGCCCGCUCCAGCGGCUCCAGAGCCGCAAGGUCGAGGCCCAGAUCCGCGAGCAGCUGCAGACGCUCCUCCCACCCUACAUGAUCCCGGCCCAGAUCAUCGCCCUCGACCAGAUGCCCGUCAACGCCAACGGCAAGGUCGACCGCCGCGAGCUGACGCGCAAGGCCCAGGCCGCCCCCGUCAGCAAGCCGCCGUCGGAGCGCGUGCAGCCGACCAACGAGGUCGAGGCCGCGCUGUGCGACGAGUUCGCCAACGUCCUCGGCGUCGAGGCCGGCAUCACCGACAACUUCUUCGACCUCGGAGGCCAGUCCCUCAUGGCGGCCAAGCUCGCCGCCCGCAUCAGCCGCCGCCUCGACGUACACGUGUCCGUCAAGGACAUCUUCGACCACCCGGCGCCCGUCGACCUCGCCAACAAGAUCCUCGACACCAUGCUCCAGGGCGGAGCCGGCGGCAACGGCCGCCCGUCCCGCCUGGUCGACGCCGAGCCCUUCCAGCUCCUCCCGCAGGAAGACGCCGAGGCCUUCGUCGAGAGGGAGCUCUCCCCGCAGCUGGACCCUUCCUACGGCACGAUCCAGGACUCGUACCCGGCCUUGUGGACGCAGAAGAUCUUCGCCCAGGACGGCCCCACGGGCGAGCCGCGCGUCCCGACCCUCUUCAUCGUCGACUUCCCCUCCAACUCCGACCCCGGCCGGGUCUCGGAGACCGCAGCCGCCCUCAUCAAGAACUUCGACAUCCUCCGCACCGUCUUCCUCUCCGCGUCCGGGCAGCUCUACCAGGUCGUCCUCGACCACUUACACGUGCCCACCGAGGUCUUCCACGUCGACGACGGCGACCUGACACGCGCGACCCGCGCCCUCGUCGACGCCGACGCCCGCGAUCCGCUCCGUCUCGGACACUCCAUGCUGCGCAUCGCCAUCCUCACGGCCAACAAGACGCAAGAAAACGGCGGCGGCGGCAAGGCUCCUUCCACCGCCGUGCGAAUGGUUCUCCGCAUGAACCACGCCAUCUACGACGGCCUCAGCUUCGAGCACCUCCUGCGCGCCCUGCACAUCCUCUACGUCGGCGAGCGCCUGCCUACGCCGCCCCCGUUCGCCCGCUUCGUCCAGCACAUGAUGAGCACGCGCGAGGAGGGCUACAAGUUCUGGCGGUCCGUCCUGCAGGGGUCCUCCAUGACCAUCAUGAACGGCGUGCAAGAGGGCAGACACAGGGACGAGAAUCGCCCCAAAGGCACGUGGCUGUCCGAGAAGAUCAUCAAGGCGCCGCACCAUACCAACGCCGAGGGUAUCACCCCUGCCACCGUCUUCACCGCCGCCUGCGCCCUCAUGCUCGGCCAUCUCAUGGGUACGAGGGACGUUGUCUUUGGCCGCGUCGUCUCCGGCCGCCAGUGCCUCCCGCUCAGCAGCCAGCACAUCGUCGGCCCUUGCUCCAACGCCGUGCCCGUCCGAGUCUCCCUCGACGACAACGACGCCGCCGCCGCCGCUGCCGCCGCUUCCCCCGGUUCGCGGAACCUCCUCCGCCGGGUCCAGCAGCAGUAUCUUGACAGCCUUCCCUUCGAGACGCUCGGCCUCGACGACAUCCGCGACAACUGCACCGACUGGCCCGCCACCGUCGACAACUUCAGCUGCUACAUAGCCUACCAGAACUUCGACAUGCACCCGCACAGCGGCGGCGACGACGACGACCAGCGCAUCCAGCUCGGCCACCUCGACCGCGAGGCGGACCAGCGCGCCCCCAGCGCCGUCGACCCGGCCCUCGACAGGGUGACGGUCUCCGACGUCUCCAUGCACGACAUCGACAUCGUCGCCAUCCCCGACCCCGACGGCGUCCACCUGCGCCUCGGCCUCGGCAUCAACCGCCGCCUCUGCGACGAGGACGAGGUCGACCGCAUUCUGCUCGACCUCUGCGACAGGCUCCAGGACCUGGGUUCCGUCCUGCAGGAGCCGCUGCCGGCGGGUUCCGCCAACGGCAAGGCAAAGGCCGCGCCCAUUGGCGGCGGCGGUGACCAGCUCGCCUCCAACGGGGCGAAGAAGAACGGGUCCAACGGCGAGAAGCACACUGUCAACCGUCACGCCAAGAUCGCCUCCAAUGGACCCAGCAAGAACGGAUCCGGUGGGGAGGUUAAGAAGACGUCCAACGGCGAGACCAAGCUCACCUCAUUAUCAUGA